CCAACCUACCUAGUUGUUAUCUAACCUCUAAUUUGCUCGUGAAAUUUAAUAUAAAUUUGUGAAUUGAAAGAUAAGCCAUGGCUGGCUAUGACUUGAAGAAGGAAGAGGAGGUGAAGGAAUACAUAGAAAAUCUCGGUAUUGAAUACAGGUUCGGUUGUUUUCAAGAGAAAAAACCAGAAGUGUGCCACCUUUUGGGCGAUUACUUGGAGUCGAUCAAAAAGGAUUACAAAAAAGCUGGAAAUGUGUACAAAACUAACUGCCUAGAUUAUAAAUUCGGGAAAUCGUGUUUGAAAUUUGGUAAUUACACUUUGGUGGGACGGGGGAAGGAAAAAGGGGAUCCCGUCGAGGCGCUGCCAUAUUUUGAGAUGGGAUGCGAAUUGGGUGACAGCACGUCAUGCCUUCACGCUGGGAUGCUGCUUACGGCCACCGGACCCAAUGUUAACAUUAAAAGGGAUGUUCCUAAAGGUUAUAAUUAUUUGAAGAAGAGUUGUGAUCAGAAAGACGAUAUGGCUUGCCACUACCUCUCCGGGAUGUACCUUACCGGAGUCCCUAAAAAUCCAGCAGAUUACAACCCACACAACCUAGAGAAGAACAAGAAUAUUGAUUAUUUAAUAAAAUCUGAUAAGAAACAAGCAUUUAAUUUUGCUUUGAAAAGUUGUGAGUAUGGCAACAUGUUCGCCUGUGCCAAUGUCAGUAUGAUGUACAAAAAAGGAGAUGGUGUAGAAAAGAACCCAGAAGAAGCAAAAAGAUAUUUCGAAAUUGCACAAAAACUUCAGAAGGCUCACGAAACUACGAAAGAAAUAAAGUUCCAGCAAGGUUUAGAUAAAUAACAUUUGAUAUUUUUUAACAAUAAAUGCAUUUAAAAGUUAUUGUGUAUAGAUUGUUUUAGUGUAAAUUUACAGUAUUGUUGCAUCAAUUAUAUAUUGUUUUACUCAAAAA